ACAAUCUCUCAACAUGACGCUUUCUUCAGAAUCCAACAGGAUUAUCCUACUCUUGAUCCUAAUGACGUUUUAGAAAGAAUCCGACAAUUAGAUAAAAUUGAGGUCAAUUCGGUUAAUGGGUCCAUGUCGUAUAAACGCGAUCUUGAAAUAACCAACUUGACUCAACUCCGAACAUACAUCCGAACACAUUCACAACCCCUCUCACCCGUUUCACUGCGUUUAUUACGAGAAGCAACUCAACCAUCAUCCUUUUCCCUUAACCCAUUGACCGAAAUGGAAACCCGUGGAGAAAUCUUGAUCAUGCGUUCUUUAGGUGCACAAGAAUUUAGAGAUGCACCUUUACCUCGUCUUGGUCGUCCGAAUGUCUACGGUUUGAAAAUAACAGAUGGAAGACCUGAUAGAUGGAGAUGCGUAUGGUGGGAUGAAUUAAAAGAAAGAGGUAAAACGGGGAAAAGAGUCGUCGAUGAAGUUAUUUGGGCUUGGGAUGAAGUAGAGAUUGGUGAGAAAGAUGAUGUUGGUAAAUUGUUAGAAGAUGCUGAAGUGGGGAGAGUAGGAAGGGAAGAUAUGGUUGUUAAAGAUAAGAAAGAUGAAGAGAGGAGAGAUGGGAAGAAGAAGAAGAAAAAGAAUGGGAGAGCUUUGAAGAUUACUAAUACCCAUAUGAUUGAACAUGGAAUUGACUUUACGAAAGAUUAUCAGGAAUCGUAG